AUGAGGAGACAUGGUCCUCGCAAAGUGCCUGGCGAUGUCGGCCAUUCCAAGAAGACUGUGGUGGACGAGACAUCGCGUACGAAUGCUUCAUCAAUACUUACUACGUCUUCUGAAGCUACAGGCGUGUCUGGGAGGCUUGGUGCGAGUGAGAUGCCUCAUAACCAAGAGCAUCAGCAAUCGUCUGCCGAAGCAAAUGGAGCUAGCGAGCAAUGGAGUUCUUCCUCGCCAAAGGCUUCCGAGAACGUGGAACGUCAGAGCCAACCAUAUCAACAUGUCUUUCCAGCGCAAUUGCAAGGUCCAAUGACUCCAGAGAACGCUGGUAGACCACCGUUGUUGAAGACUGAUGGCUCGGCUUCCUUGCCUUCACCUCUGUCUAUGCGCUCAGUGUACGGUUCGCCUGAGGCCUCAAAAUCUCCACAAUCCCCUCCAACCAUGCCUCCGCCUCAGAAUAGUGGUUGGACUGGUCAGCAGAGCGAGGAUGCCUGGAGUCAAGGAGCAGGUCGCCCUACACCUGCUCCAAUCCGUUUGGGCGUAUCGCUCUUCCAACAGCCUGGAGCUCAAGUUGCGCAUUCUAUGAUCAACACGAGAGCAGUUCCAUUGCCUCAGAGUCCUCGGUCCAAUAUCAGACUUGAGGAUCAGAUGGAAGCUCUUCGUGGACACAUUGCAUCUCAACAGAGACCCGUUGCCCCCAACUUCGGAGGUCCCAUGUCAACACCAGGCCCAUACUGGCCACAAAUGUACCCUUCAACUCCACAAGCCCAACCAGCAACUUUCGCAUACGACAACAAUACAGCCAUACGCUCCGUACGGCCACCUCAAGCCUCGAUACCACCGCCAACUCCUCCAGCAUCCGGCUUCCCAGAUCUCAACAAGACCACUCUGGAAGGCUACGAACUUCUCGCCGCCAAAUUGACAGAUGGCAGCAUCGGAGCACGACCCAUGUACCGCAGUUUCGAGCACCUGCACCAUCGUCUACUCCUCUAUCUCCAAGACGAAAUCUGCGAGUACGAAGAAGAACUUCGGAAUCUAGAUGAAUGGAUAUCUCAAGUAAGCUUGGUUGUCUCUGAGGGCAAAUCCAAGCCUGCUUCUCGACGCGCGGAAGCAAGAAUUUUGCCGCAGGAUAGUGAGUUGAUGUUCAGAAGGAAAUUUGUGUUGGGAGAGAUUUUUGUGAAGUUGGAGAGAUAUCAUCGUGCUGUGGAGGUUUAUUGCAAUGCCACCAAGGAGUUGCGUAGACCGCCAGAAGCAGAGAUAAAACGAUAUCGUGAGUGGAUGACUAGUCAUCGACCUGUCGACAUGGCAGAAGCGAGUUUUCUCAAGCACGACAAAGACCUAUUCGUGCUUGAACGCAGAAGAAUUGAGACGCCAGCGAUGACAGCAGUGACAGCCGGUCUGCCCGUACUGCUACUCUUACCGUUUCUGGCUUUUGCAGUGAUGCCUAGCUUUCUUUGCCGUGUUCUUGCCAUUGUUGUGUGCAGUAUGGGGCUCUGGAUACUUUGCUCUAUCAUGGAUAUAAGGCAUGUCUUGACCGCACGCGAAUGGAUCUUUUCUGCAGGCAUAUAUGUAGCAUUCAUGACACUAAUCGCUGCUGUACCUCGUUGA